GGACUUUAACCGGCGCAAGUGCCCCAUUUUCCGGUCUUUCGGUUUUCGGCUCGGAGGAGGCUAAGGUGCAACUUUCUUCGGUCGUCCCGAAUCCGGGUUCAUCCGACACCAGCCGCCUCCACCAUGCCGCCUAAGUUCGACCCCAACGAGAUCAAAGUCGUGUACCUGAGGUGCACCGGUGGGGAAGUCGGUGCCACGUCUGCCCUGGCCCCCAAGAUCGGCCCCCUGGGUCUGUCUCCAAAAAAAGUUGGUGAUGACAUCGCCAAGGCAACUGGUGAUUGGAAGGGUCUGAGGAUUACAGUGAAACUGACCAUUCAGAACCGACAGGCCCAGAUUGAGGUGGUACCUUCUGCCUCUGCCCUGAUCAUCAAAGCCCUCAAGGAACCGCCAAGAGACAGAAAGAAGCAGAAAAACAUUAAGCACAGUGGAAACAUCACUUUUGAUGAGAUUGUCAGCAUUGCCCGACAGAUGCGGCAUCGAUCUUUAGCUAGAGAACUCUCUGGAACCAUUAAAGAGAUCCUGGGGACCGCCCAGUCUGUGGGCUGCAAUGUUGAUGGCCGCCACCCUCACGACAUCAUAGAUGACAUCAACAGUGGUGCAGUGGAAUGUCCAGCUAGUUAAGAACUGCAAAGAAAAAUAAUAAAGGGUUAUUUGACAAGCAGUG